UGAUAAGUUUGAAUAUCAAGUAAUCUGGAACAAGAAAAAAUAAACAAUACAUUGGUGAUAGAUAAAGAACUACCGGGGACUAAUAUGACGUCCUGAAAAACAUAAAUGAUGAAGGCGGUUAGUGAAAAAGCAAACGGCGAAAAUAGUACAAAUAUUAACUUUAAUUCUGAAUAACGAAUAUUGCUGAGAAGUAACUCCGUCUUGAAACACAAAUGUGAGACUAUUCAAAUUGUUACGCAAUUGGUGAAGAUCAACGAACAGAUGAGCAAGCAUAAAUGUAUGAACUGAUGCAAAUGUUUAUCAAUUAGAGUUAUCACAUAUCAAUGGAGUGAGAAGAAACUAACAGAUUGCGAAAAAGGUGCAAACAAUAAAUAUGAUACUAACGGCAAAUCAAAACUAAAAAUAAGAAUGGUAGUUCAGAAGAAAUAAGAGGAAAGCAUGGAUAACCAUAAAGUUCAAAAUUAACCAAAGGAUAACCCGUAUAUCUUAGCCACCUGCACUAAUUUACAUUUUUCACUAUUGAUAAUAUUUAUGCUUCAAAAAAUAACUAAGGAAUUUAUACACUCCCCGUCCGCAGACCAUAGCUUGGAUUAAUGCAUGUUCCAAGCAGAACGAUGUUACGACACGCUGAUUGACCUGUUUUUAGCCGACCAGAGUUAAAAGGUAUAUAAAUUAUAAAAUUUACUAAACGUUUUCACAGUAUGACUGUCACUUAUACUUAACUUCGUUAUGUGGAAUAUAAUCUCGUUCCUAUUCAACCGUGUUCUGAUUUGAAAACUUGUCUAGUGAAGUAGUGUCCGGAGAAUAUUAAGCAAUAACAGUAGCUGAUUCGCAUAGAUAUCUUAAUAUCCUUAAGCGGCUCAACUCAACAUUUAAUGUCUUCACAGCUUGACGUUUAUUUUUGACCAAGAUAAAUACUAUGGCACUAAGAUUUAAGAGUUUGAAUAAUUGUUAGACAAAUAGUUCUUGGAAUGUAGAGAUAAAAAUUGAACGGGCAUGUAUAGUUAAUGUCAACUGUAAACUAUACGCGUUACAAAUCCAGAUAUGAUAAAUCCCUAGAAUUAUAGAACAGCUUGUAAUGACUUAUUCACAAAAAUAAAUUAUUAAGCUUACUUUUCAUGAAGAAAUUGCUGAAAACGAGCAGUUAAAAAGUGAGCAUACUUCCACAUAACAAGUUUCACAUUUUCCCCGCUAAUUAAUGUACAUACAAGUAAUCCUCACGAAGAAUUACCGUGCCUGAAACUACAUAACCGUUACAUGCUUGGAUAAGUCUUAACUUUGAUUGUAAUACAAAUACUCUGCCUUGUUUACUUUGUUCUAUUUGGACUUGAGUCAGUUUAACUUGAUUUAUUUUCUGAAGAACCAACUAGGUUGGAGGACGUCACAAAUACAGUGUUUUACUGAUUGAAAUUUUACAAAUGUCAUUAUUUCUAUUACAAACGCACUCUUCGUUAACAAUGUUGACUGACUGGAUCAUUUUGACUCAAAUAUGACAAAGACUAACUACUGAGAACAAACAUGACAAUUCCAGACCUUAUACGAGAUUCAACAUGUCUCAACAAUCAGGCGGUUGACAUAUUAUGGAACUGCACUAUAUUACCACGACUAAAGAGAGAUAAGUUGAAACUGGCGAAAUGAAUCGUUCGUUAUAAGGCCCCAUCACUACAUGACAAGCAGUAAAUUUGAAAACCAGUCUGUACUAUCAGGGACUCCUCUACAGACCUAAGAACAGAAUAAUUUACCAAUAACUAAGACCUAGGCAUUGCGAACGUCACUUCUAAGUUCAAAGAUUAGUCAUAAUUUGAAUCCGCCAGAAUAAAGACAAGAAAAUUAUGGAAUAGGAAAAUGCCCUUGAAUAAGUAAUUUAAUGGUAAGGCAAGUCGCACGCUACUUUUAAAGUAUCUAAUUAGGACACAUUGCAUUUCAAAUGGCUUUCGAGAUCUGUUGAUUUCUUUUGACUUACUAAGAGUACUACCUAGGGUUUAGGAGCCUUAACGACAAGUCUUAAUUGACCAAAAUGUCACGUAGUUAAUGUUAACUAAAUUACUGUUUCAUUUGCAUUAUUUCCCAGUGAUGAAUCAUCAAUCACAACUGAAUUUGUAAAUUUGGGUAGCGUGAGCGUUAGCACUGACAUCUGAAACCUAUCUUUGUAUAUUAAUAACCAGAAGAGCUUAUUCUAAUACGUGCAUAGUAACAUCCAUGCGUCAUCUUGGCAACUACAGGUUGAGUUUACACUUCUGCAAGUUAGCGAAAAAGGGAACAGUACGACGUAUGUCCACUAAAUUAUUGACAUUGGUUGCCCUUGGAUAGAUACACAUAUGUGUAUCCACACAUGCGUAUUCCAUACAUAUAUAUGUAUGGAAUACGAUGAAGUUAGAAAUGGAGGCAAUGACUGUUGCGGAAAAAAUCCCAAUUCACACAAAAAACAGCUUAAAAUAGAUUUACGAUUAUAUAAAAAAGACCCUAUGUGAGAGACAUAUCAAUUGAGAGAUAUAUGCCCGAUUUUAGGGCUAUUUUGAGAUUUUCCCUCAAAAAGCAUUUUCUUUUUUUUAAAAAAGGACAGUGGUAUUUUUCCUCGUUGAGUAAAUUUCAAUGUUUUGAUCGUUUAUUACGUAUCAAGACUACUGUUUUCACUUUAAUUGAAUUCAUUUCAGUUAAAGUAUUCGACUAGAGUACCGUUUUUACCGUUCUCUCAAUUAGUUUUUUCGUUGGUACUCUUAAGUACCUCAUUUUCAAUUGUAUCUGUUAGUACUUUUGGUCCUAACAAUCUACAGUUCUUCACUUUUUGGUCAUUGAUUAUUUUUUUGUUUCUGAGUAUCAUCGCAUCUCGUUCCUUUUUGAAAAGGACUUUUUCUAAAAUGACCGACAGUGUAAAAAAAGCAGUUGCCAACGUCCGGGUUGUCGUUAUCCCGUUGAAAGCGGAAUGCAGUGCGACGAGUGCAAAAGCUGGUACCACGAAGUUUGCACGAACUUAACGCCUGCGGCUUUCAGACGGUUCAGUAAGAAAGGUUGCGUAUGGCUUUGUCAACAGUGCUGUUCGGAUGCAAACAGCCUGUUAACCGAGGCCAUCUCACUGGUUGAUGCUGCAAAGAAGUGUUUUAGCAAGCGUAGUCGGAACACGUCAAACAGCACUCGAUCUGUCGACACACAAAUCGACAUGAGGCAAACUAAGGUUACUUCGAUGGUAGAUGACUCACGCCGGUCAAAGAAGGAAAAGCAGUCUCCAAAGGGGCCUGCCUUAAACAAAAGAUCAAGGAAAGUAGGUUCUUCUGUUCCCCGUCUCCCAGAUGGGAUCCCACCGGAAACGCCUAGAAGCCGCGAUCACAAGGCUCGGUCAGUUUCAAGCGGUAAACAUAACCUGACCUCUCAGGUCGUCGACAACCCCCCAGAAUCCAACACUAGGUUUGAUGCAACUGUUGUUGCUUCUCCCAGCACGGUUGAUGAGUGGGUACAGGUUGUAAGGAAGAAAAAAAGUAGCAAUAUAAAAGGUAAUCCUACCCCCGCGAAAGUAGUUGAAAAAUCGAAGGCUGAUCAUAGCGACAGAUCAGCUAUUUUUCAUAGAAUCAAGGAGAGCGAGAGCUCUGAACCUGAAGCUCGUUUUGGGCAUGACAUUGUACUGAUUAGGUAGCUGCUUAAUCAACUCAUGCCUCAAAAUAUGACCGGGGUCACCUUGCUAAAGGUGUACAGACUAGGGAGUCUAGCGGACUCGAAACCAAAUCAUUCCAGACUGCUUAAAGUAGUAUUCGGCUCUUCGAACGAACGUGACCUAAUUUUACAAAAUGGACACAAAUUAAAGGGUUCAGGAGUCUUUAUCCGAAAGGACCUACCGUUGGCAGACCGUGUAAAAAGACAGGAAGCCGAAAAAGAACUACAACUUAGGUUAGACGCUGGCGAAAAUGACCUGAAAAUUGUAAAUUUUCGGGUUGUAAGACUUCGAAAGAGAAUGAUGCCGAAGCCGCUCUGGGUGAAACACGAAGGCAAUUAAACAGGCUUCGGAUCUGUUACACCAAUGCACGAAGCUUACUUAAUAAGCAAUCGGAAUUAGGUGUACAGAUUGACUCUACAAAGCCGGAUAUAAUCGCAGUAACAGAAACCUGGCUGACACAGGCUAUAGAUAGUAUGGAACUUGUUUUCGAGGGUUUUACGUUAGUAAGGGCCGACAGAAUACAAAAGCGUAAAGGAGGGGGAGUAGCUCUAUUCAUUAGGAAUGCUAUCCCAUUUGCCAUUAUCGACAGUGUAUCACAUGAGAGUGGGACGUGCGAAUUAGUUAGUCUUCGCUUGAAAAUGCAAAGGACAAGAGCUGCUGAUUGGUUUGGUCUAUCGCAGUCCAAGCUGUGAGGCAAAUAAGAUCCUGUUAAGCAGUCUCAAUACUUGGUCCCAAAGUGGUCGAUGUCUAAUCCUAAGGGACUUCAAUGCACCUAUGGUAGACUGGGAAAAUCUGCGAACUAAAUCGUCGGAGAAUUCCUUCGAGCAGGAACUAGUUGAUGCGAUUAUCACAUGUGCUUUAGUGCAACAUGUGAAAGAAGCGACUAGGUACGACCCGGACACUGAAUCAUCCUUACUAGAUCUGAUACUCACUCACUAUGUGGAUGACGUUGCUAACCUUCAUUAUAUGCCACCCCUAGGUAAAAGUGAUCACGCAGUUUUAAUUUUCGACUUCCAUAUAACUGUCAGUCACGAGCACGCGUCAGCCCAAUCUAGACCUAACGUCUGGAAAGCAAAUAUACCAGGUAUCAUGCACUCAGCAUCGUUAGUAGAUUGGACAAUAGACCCAGAGUCCUCAGUUGAAACGGCCUGGGACGCAUUUCGAAAUUCAUACUUAAAAGUUACCACACCCCACAUCCCUUGGACUAUACCAAGGGGGCCGAGAAACUCCCCACCAUGGUUCAGUAAUGAGGUCCGUAUCCUUCUCCGUAAGAGAAGAAAAAUGUGGGAUAGAUUUAGGUUACUGGGAACUGAUGAAACUAAAUCCCAGUAUAGAAAAGUCCGGAAUACCUGUGUCUCGACCCUCCGUAAGUCUAGAAAGUUGUACGAAGAAAAUACUGUUAAGGAAUCCAUAGAAUGUCCUAAACGUUUGUAUUCUUAUAUAAACCAAAGGACAAAGAGAAGAGGAAAUAUUCCUGCUCUAUAGGGAGACAGUACUGCCGCGUCGCUAGUGGAGGACGACUUUGGUAAGACUCAAGUGUUCUCAAACUACUUCAGCAAUGUAUACACCAUAGAAGCACCCUUCCCAUCAGCGCAUACAGACCCCCACACACAUACACUGGAUAGCGUGACCAUUAAAGAACUCGAUGUCUUUGGUCUACUAAAUAAGCUUGACAUAGGUAAAUCCACGGGGCCCGAUGAAUUACAUCCUAGGCUACUGAAGGAAUUAUCUAACUUCGUUGCGAACCCUUUAAGUAUAUGCUUUAACCUAUCCGUAACGCAGGGUCGUUUACCCAAAGACUGGAAAAACGCCAUAGUAAUUCAUGUCUUCAAAACAGGUACGAAACACAAACCUGAGAAUUACCGCCCCGUUAGCCUAACUAGUGUGGUUGUUAAAAUCUUGAAAAAGAUUAUUCAAAGGGAGCUGUUUAGGUACCUCGAUGAAAACCGGAUCCUUUCGGAGAAGCAGCAUGGUUUCAGAAUAUGUUAUUCUUGUCUCACUAACUUGUUAGUGGCUCGUGAAAGCUGGUGCGUUCUUAAGGACCAAAAGUUACCUGUAGAUGUAGCCUACAUCGAUUUCAGUAAAGCUUUUGACAAAGUUCUACACAACCGGCUGUUAUAGAAGCUAAGAAAUGUCGGAUUGGAGGCAAUCUAUUGAUUUGGAUAAAAGACUUCCUAGUUGGGUGCCAACAAAGAGUACAGGUGAACUCAAAGUUAUCUAGCUGGGGAACUAUGCUUAAUGGAGUGCCCCAGGGUAUAUUUUUUGGGCCAGUGCUAUUCCUCUUGUAUGUGAAUGACCUUCCUCGUCUCCUAUCAUCAUCGGUCUUGCUAUAUGCUGACGAUGUCAAGAUAUGGAGAACGAUACGAUGUGAAGGUGAUAGCUUAGAACUUCAAAAUGACCUGAAGAAAUUAUCUGAAUGGUCUGAAACCUGACAGUUGCCGAUAAAUACUUCCAAGUGUGUUGUGAUGCAUAUUGGUCAUCAAGGUACAGAUACAUACACGAUGAAUAACACUGAGCUACCUGUCGUCCAGACAUAUAAUGACUUAGGAGUCAUCGUUAGCCAAGACUUAAAGACUACUGCACACUGCCGUGCAAUAGCCGCCAAAGGUUUUAGAACGUUAUGGUCAAUACGUAGGGCUUUUAGUCAUGUCGACGCUAAGACGUUUUUGACUUUAUAUACAGUGUUCGUACGUCCUAAACUUGAGUACUGCAUACAAGCGGCCAGCCCCUGUUUAAAAAAAGACAGUGAGCUUCUGGAAAAGGUUCAGAGAACGGCAACUAAGCUGAUUCCCGGAAUAGCGAAGCUUCCGUAUGAAGCCAGGCUGAACCUUUUCCCGUUGUCAUAUCGCAGAACUAGUGGCGACUUGAUUACAGUUUUCAAAUUGCUUAGUGCCGAAUUUGCACCUGAUAUGCCCUCAUUUUUCUUGUCUUCCAAAACAGAGAAUUUACGAGGACACUCCGGAAAAGUUCACAAGCCAAGAACAAAUCACUUGUCAGCUGACUAUUGACUUUCCCAUCGAAUCAUAAACAAGUGGCACUCAUUACCUCAACACGUGGUUGAGGCUCCAUACGUCGAUUCUUUCAAAAGAAAGUUGGAUCAACUGAGAGACCACCAUUGCCAGGACUAACACAGGCCAUCAGGCCUCCUGCCCUUCCCAAACUGAAACUGAAAUCAUGAUACGAAAAUUCUUGUCUUUCCCAGGUGUUUAUGCAAAUUUUAGAGUUGUCACAUUUUCCCAAAAAUCUCUAAUGCGUACUCCCCAAAAUCAGGGGAUUGUGAUGAUACAAAUCACAUUUAGACUAACGCGUCAGGAAGAAAAGGGUUACAACAUAUGUUAUUCCUUCUUUAGUGUGCUUUUGUUAGUGUGUGGUCUCUUCUUGAAUGAGUCGAUUGAUGGUGCGGACACCACUGCUUCGGGUAACAGGGCCCAAGUAUUAGAUCAAGACACCAAGUAGAAAAAUAUAGUAGUUGAAAGACGAUCACAACUAACAACAACUAUGUUUUGUCCCUUAAUCACAUUCACAUCACAGGUCGUCGCUCAUUAAAAUUCUUUUUAAUCUGACAAACAAACAAUGCUUACAUAUAACGCAAGCCACAAAACAGCCGCUUUUCACUCAAUCCCCAAUAUCUUUAUCAGAAGUUUGUAUGAUCAACUGAUUUCUUUGCCAUCGCUUCUCGUUGUUUCGGUACAGUUCCAGGUACUUGACAAUAUAGAACUGCAGUUGGGUACCGCCAGUGAACUGUCACAC